GCUGUGAAAGACGGCUUGGUCCCCAAGGCUCGAAGGGCCUUCGUCAUCUUGUUCCAGGAAAACUCCGAAGUCAAGAAAGGCGCUCCCAAGCACGAGUUUCUCAAUGAGAUGAAGCAUCUUGGCGCAGUCUGGCAGGGCAUGACCGACAAGCAGAAGGCACCAUUCAUGGCGAGGAGAAAAGAUGAGUUCAUGGCUCAGCGAAGUGCACUGGCCGUUCUUGGCAUCAGGAUGCGGGGCUCCACGACCAGUGCGGGCGGCGGAGCCUAUGGCAGUGUCUACAGUUGCCAGCAUCCGCAAAGCGGCCUUAACGUGGAGGUGAAGGUUUAUCGUGGCUCCGAUGGCCCCGCGGAUUGCAGGCACGAAGUGGAGCAGAUGAAGCUUCUAAUGAAGGCCGUUCCGCAGCAGAAGAUGAUGUGGUUCCCGCUUCUUGUCAGCUCGGGUGGCACGGGCAGACCUUGGCCAUGGAUGGCUACUAGCCUAUGUGGGCCCAGCCUGGCAACCGCACUUCGAAAUCCUGCGGCGCAUGGCAAGCCGAGGACGUGGUCUGUGGCAGCUCAGCUGAGAAGUGCACUGCAGACCUUGCAUGACGCAGGCAUCCUACACUUGGAUGUGAAACCUGGCAAUGUUCUUUGGUGCCCUUGCACAGAUCAGGUGCAGGUGUGCGACUUCGGCAUGAGUGAGAACAUGGCACGGCUCCAGAAGGCUUCUCAGGCUCCCAGGUUCCUGCAGUAUGUCACGGCUGCCUAUCGACCUCCGGAGCUGUGGCCCGCUCGUGUGAAUGGCGAUGGAGACUGCGGUGUCAGAAAGCAGCUGCUGACUGCAGCUGUGGAUAUGUGGGCCUAUGCUUGCGUGGUGGUUGAGGUGGAGACCGGGAAUCCCUUCAUGCCCAAGGGGGAGGCCGGACUGAGAGCGUGGUGCAAGCAGUGGCCCGAGCUGUGGAAAACACGCAGCGACUUAGCCAAUUGCCCCGCUGCAAGUCACACGUGCUGCACAAAGGUGCUUCGAGCCGGUAAAUGGGGGCUGGUUGUGUUGGUCGGCUGUGCUCCAGACCCCGGAAAGCGGCGGUGGCCGGAGCUCUGUCUGAAUCAGAAAUGA